AUGAGUGGGCGACCAGGCUACGGCUACGGCAACGGAUAUUCCGACGCCGGCCGAUAUGACCAAGGAGAUGGCGCCUACGGGGGCAGUAACAGCCUCGGACCGAACGAUUACAGCGGUCGAAGUGCUGGCAACACAGGAGGAGACCGUCGCCCUGGCGGUUACGGCGGGUUCUACUCUGAGCAGUCACAGCAACCGUCACACUCACCAGCCCCCUCCCCGGAACGUCGGCGCGACCGCUCAGAGCGCGAACGCCAGCAUCCAUCGACCUCAAGAUCGCGAUCACGAAAUGAAUCCGCCGACAGGAGAUACCAGGGCCAGCCAGAGGAUCGGUCCAGAGACGGCCUGCGGCCUCCGGAUAGCCGUGGUCGGGAUAUGAAUCAACCGGAUGCAAGUGUGCCCGAGAACAGCACGCGUGAAAUGCAGUCAGUCGAAGCGGUACUACAGUCUAUACAGCGCGAUUGGGACUUCAUGACCGAUGCCGAGUGUAUCCCUGUGCAUGUCGCCCUGAGUUUGAUGGACACAAGCACAUUGGGCAAGGCGGACCGAGAACCGGAUUUUUUGCAUAUGUACGACGACAUUCAGAAGACACUCAAGGCAAUUGUCAACGGUUGCUCCAUCGGUACAUACCAUAAAAUCCAGACCAACAUCUCGAGCGCACAAAGCCGAGUGCGCAACUUGCGAACCUCCCUAGAGGAGUCGAAGUCUGGGCUGUUAUCGACUAAACCAGAGCUCAAGGGAUUGGCGACGUCCUCGCAAAACUACGACGACAUUCUCCAGCUGUUUGCUCAGAUUGAAGAGAUCCAGUCUCUUCCUGAAAGACUUGAGUCUACAAUUUCCGAUAAGCGCUUCCUCGCGGCGGUAGAUAUCCUUCACACAGCUCUUCGACUUCUCAGACGCUCCGAGCUUGAAGAUAUUGGCGCCUUGGCCGAUAUCCGCGCCUACUUCAACAAUCAAGAAACUUCAAUCACUGACAUCUUGAUUGAGGAACUGCACGAUCAUCUAUAUCUCAAAUCUCCCUAUUGCUCAGACAGAUGGAAAACAUCAAAUGGAGAAGGAGAAAUGACCCAGACCACUUGGGCCGGCAACCGUUCUUGGGAGCGUCCUAUCUACGGUUUCUUGUCCAAGUUUGAUCCAUCCUCACCAAUGGUUGAGGAUGCCUCGCGCAACCCAGAAGCCGAUACGUUUUCAUACAUUCAACUUCUGAUUGAGUCCCUGAACAAGAUGGGCCACCUUGAUACUGCAGUUGAUCGGAUUGAGCAACGCCUCCCCGUGGAAUUGUUUGCUGUAGUCGACAAGACAAAUGCUGAAGUCGAUGCUCGCUAUCCUACUCCGAACCGUACUUAUUCAUCAUACGACAACCAAAUCAAGUCUAAUCUUCCCACGCGGAACAUUGAAGAGCGAGGCCAUGUGCUGACUGAAUUCCUAUGGACUCUCUAUGCCAAGUUUGAAUCGAUUGCAGAGGGUCAUCGCGUGGUCCAUGAUGUCGUUGCGGGGAUUGUAGGGCGAGAAGGUCUUACCAAGGGCGAGACUCUUGGCGGUGGAUUCAAGGAACUGUGGAAGCUUCUCCAAAGCGAGAUCCGAUCUCUGCUACAUGACUAUCUUGCAACUGACGGGGAUGUCUCCUUCAGAUCCCGCGGCGAGGAGGCAGAGGCCAGACGGCACAACUACCUCGGCAAUCGAGAUAAAAACAAGAAGAUGUUUAAGCUAUCCGAUAUUGAUCAGAAUUCGGAAAUGAAAGCCGAGCAGGAUGAAUUGGAUGAAAUCUUGAAAUCGUCAGUGCCUGGUUUAGUCUCUAAGACGAGACAAAAGGCUUCUGCAACCGAAGCCGCGCAGGCGCAGAAGGGAAAUUCUGGCACUGGUCAUAAGCUUCUCCUUGAGCCAAGUGUUUUCAACAUGCGUCUGCUCCUGCCGCCGUCGCUUUCCUUCAUUCAACGUCUUAAGGAUAUCGUUCCUGUUGAUGCGGACAUCUCUAUGAGCACGUUGACUUCUUUCCUGGAUGACUUCAUGGUCAAUGUUUUCCUUCCACAGUUGGACGAAACUGUCACCGAUCUGUGCACGCUCUGCUUCAUUGCCGCCGAUGCUUUCACAGAGGACCCCCAGUGGAUCAAGGUCUCGCCUCGCCCGGUUUUCCGAGGAACAGUCAAAUUCAUGUCGAUUGUGCGGGAAUUUAGCAAGAUGCUGUCGAGUAUCCCACAUGACCAAGCAUUUACGCAGCUUCUGAUUGAUCAGAUUGUUACCUAUUACAAGAAGUGCUGUGGUUGGUACAAAGGUAUGUGUAAAGGUAGUUUUGGCUUAUUUUGA